AAGUUCACUAAUGAGUGGUGUAUUUUUUGGUUGUGUUCAGAAGCUCCGGAGGCGGGAGUUCGUGGUGUGUGUGUGUGUGGUGGAGAUGUUGUUUAUUCUUUGUUCGUAGCGAGUGCAAAUGGUGGGAAUAGAAACAAGACACUGGUGGAGACAAGAAAACAAGCAAACAGAACGAGUGUGUGUGAACAGACAGAAGAUGGUCAACGGAUGCUUGGUUGAGAAUCUAGCGUGGAAUCGGCACAGGACUCGGUCAAUCCGCUUCGAUCAAACAGUCGGUCAGUCAAACAGAGAAACAGUCGGUCUGUUUAGUCUGUCGAUCCGUAGCAAAAGAAAGACGGCAGCUGGAGUUUGCAAAGGGAGGAAAAAAAAACUUGUUUGUGAGCCUAGGAAAGCAAACAAGCAAUACGGAGGGGCGUGGGGACGGGAGAAGCACAAGCAAAGCAAGAAACGUCUCUCUGGUAGACGAGGGCAAGCAGGGAAAAGAAAAGACAAAACACAAAGACACACAGGGGCAGGCGGAAGGAACAGAGCAGAGCAGAGUACACACGCCAAUAAUGGGGAUCAAGCCCGACAGACGAACAGUGCAAGCGCAAAACAGGUGCAAAACAAAUAACAACAACCACGUCCACGUCUCGCGCCCGCGGC